AUGGCUAUCACCCAUGUUCUAGUAUUCCUUGUCAACCUUAUAGCUCUGUUAUUCUCUGUCAUAAUCAAUCCCUCUGGCGCUGUGUUCUUGAGCAUCGAUUGUGGCUUCAAUGGUUCAUCCACUUACAAACACAAAAAUUCGAUCUUAUGGAGCGGGGACGAUGCAUACAUUAACAAUAAGCAUGAAUCCCAGGCUCUGCAGUACAUGGACACCGAAGACGACUGGAGCACCAGCAUUAGAAUCUUCCCAACAUUGAAGAAAAACUGUUACACCAUCCCAGUUGACAAAGCUGGCCAAAGAAUUCUGGUUCGAGCAAGUUUCUAUCAUUGGGGGUUUUAUGAUAACAAGACUUCUCCGACCUUUGAGCUUCAGUUUGAUGGCACCUACUGGGCUACCGUUAACAAACCGAAUAUUGCUUCUUAUGAGGCAAUCUAUAUUGCCAAGCAGAAUACAACUACCAUAUGUCUUGCUCGAGUUGAAGAUGAUCAGAUCCCAUUCAUUUCUGCACUGGAAAUUCGAAGCUUACAUUUCAACAUGUACAGCCAUAUCAAUCCCAAUUAUGCUUUGCUUUUGGCAAAUCGGAUUUACGAUGGUGCAAAUCAAACUCUCAGAUAUCCAAAUGAUGCCUAUGAUCGAAUUUGGGAGCCGGUGACUGGAACUUAUUGGGGAAUAGGGCUAACCACCAGAGGACUUCCAGACGACAAGAACGUACCGAUUUACAUCACAACUUACUUCUCUGAAGUCGACAAAACGGUGAAACGAUCCGUCCAAGUUUGGAUAGACAGCAAGCAUUAUGGUCAACCUGUGGUUCCACCUUUUGGAAGCGUGGCCGUAGUGUACAUCACCAACAUGACGGCAUCUUCUAAUACUAAUUUCAGCGUACAGGCAGCUGAUGAUUCCUCCAUUCCUCCCCUCAUCAAUGCCUAUGAAGUUUAUAGCAUCGCCGGACCUUUAGCACAAGGAACCAAAACCAAAGAUGUGGAAGGACUAACAGCACUGCAGAGAGGAUUUGAUGUACUAGAGAAAUGGAGUGGGGAUCCUUGUCUACCAUCAUCAUUUGCAUGGGAACGGUAUAAGCGGAAACUGUCUCUCGGGAAUGUCUUGUUCGCCGGCUUCUGGAUCAGCACCACCCUCACCAGGACUACAAACACCUGCUUCCGGUGGUCCUAA